AUGACGUAUAGUAAUCUUGCAUCCGAGUUCAAAGCUUUCACUACUAGUUUAGACACUGAGGUGAUUCCAAAUGACAUAAGUGUUGCAAUGAAAAAACCAAAAUGGUGGUCUGCUGUUAUGGAAGAAAUAAGAGCUCUCGAGAAGAAUGAAACUUGGGAACAGGUGGCUUUGCCUGAAGGGCACAAGACAGUUGGAUGUAAAUGGGUGUUUACUAUAAAAUACAAGUCAGAUGGGACUAUUGACUGGUACAAGGCUAGACUUGUUGCAAAAGGCUUUACUCAAACCUAUGGAGUAGAUUAUUCUGAAACUUUUUCUCCUGUGGCUAAACUUAACACUAUCCGAGUGCUUUUGUCAGUUGCUGUGAAUAAAGAUUAA